AUGAGGACUAAAGAAGAGAGAGGUCUAUAUAAAGAAGAUGUCUAUCACAACUUACUCUUCCCCUCCUCCCUCUUUUGCCACCCAUUGAAACAAAAAAUGGAUAAUCACACAGCUAAAGACAUUGGUAUGAAGAGAAGUGCUUCUGAGUUGGGUCUACCAGAGUAUCUCACUAAGUUCUUGUCGUCUUCUUCUUCUGCUUUAUCCAGACAAGAAUCUAUUCUUGACACAAGCCCUCUAGACCCUUCUUUUGAUCUCAUGAACUGGGAUUACACUUGUGAGUUAAGAGAUGGUCUUUUGUUAUCUGAUAGCUUGAUUCCGGCUGGAGUUUUUCUUGAUGCACAGUCCUCGAUCUGCGAAAAUCUGUCAGCUGAUAGUCCAGUGUCAGCCAAUAAACCUGAGGCUAGAGGAGGAGCUCGGAGAACCGCAAGUGGGUUUUCUCAUGAUCACUCUGAUGAAGAAGAUGCAGAGACCGAAGCUGGACAAUCUGAAAUGACUAAUGACCCCAAUGAUCUAAAACGUAUUAGAAGGAUGUAUUCAAACAGGGAAUCAGCAAGGCGGUCUAGGAGAAGGAAGCAAGAACACUUGGCUGAUCUUGAAUCGCAGGUUGAUGCUAUGAAAGGAGAGAACUCAACACUGUACAAGCAGCUCAUAGAGGCAACACAGCAGUAUCGUAGUGCUGGAACGAAUAACAGGGUUCUCAAAUUAGGUGUUGAAACUCUGAGAGUCAAGGUGAAGCUAGCUGAAGAUUUGGUAGCAACAGGGUCCCUCAAUAGCAGCUUGAAUCAACUUCUGCAAACUCAUCUAAGUCCACUACCACAGUCCAUCAACAGUCUGCACUACACAGGAAAUACCUCACCCGCCAUGAGAGUCCACAGUGACCAGUCUAUGUUCCCUGGAAUCACACUUUCUGGACAGAACUCAAGCCCUGGACUUGGUAAUGUAUCCAGCGAAGCUGUUAGCUGCGUCUCAGAUAUCUGGCCAUGA